UUCACUGUUUAUAAGGAUUAAGAAAUGGCUUCAGAACUGCACUUUUAGCUACAUAAGGCAAAUCCUGAGGAAUGAAACAGCUGUCUGUUGUGUGGAUGGGGGUGGUGUUUGUGAAACUGGUGAGUUACCCUGCUGCAGAUACAGGACCACAGAGACCAUGGCCUGCAAACAGGCUGGCCUGGAGAUCUUCAACUUUCCCUGGAUAUGAUGAGUCAGGUGGUGCCAGCAGAUAAGGCCUGGGGAGUACGUGACCGUGUCCCCUCCAAGGGGUUUCUGCCGUGGCCUCCUGCACUGGGGGCACAGCUCCUGUGCUGGCUCCCCGGCCAGCCCUUAUCUCCCCACGCAGACUUGUGUCCUGAGCUCAUGUGAAACUGAGCCCUGCCUGGGACGUGGAUAAAGAGCUGGCCAGGUGAUGAGACCCCAUCCGGUGUCCUCACUCCUCCAUGGCAAGGCUCGUUGGUGGCUGAACUCGUUUGCAAGUGCUCAGCCAACAAAAUGUACCAGCAUUUCUUUUUCCUUUUCCUCCUGUCUUUCAAUCCCCAUAAAUGCCAAGAUCAAAUCCUGGGUGAAGAUCUAUAUGAAAUGCCCAAAGACUACCAGGAGGUCUACAGAGGGACAAAAAAUGAUGUCAAAGAGAUCCCAAAGAUUGCAAAGCCCUUUGUUUCUGAGAUGAUCUUUGUGCAAACCAGCAUCACUUCUAUAAGUAAAGGUGCCUUCAGGUACAUGCCCAACCUGAUCAAGAUUUUGUUCAUUGGCAACAAGAUCAAGACUGUUGAACCUGGAGCCUUUGAUAAUUUGGACAAGUUGAGGGACUUGGACAUCUCUGGUGCCUCAUUAGAAAAACUAUCUGUGGGCACUUUCCAAAACCUCCCAAGUUUACAGAGGCUGGAGCUGAGAGACAGCCAGCUCAGAUCCAUCCCCAAAGGCCUGUUUGAUGGGCUGGAAAGUUUGGGAGAGCUCUCCCUGCACAUCAAUGCAAUCCCUUCUCUUCCAGAAGGCAUUUUUGACUCUCUUGUCAAUCUAACUUUUUUGGACCUGUCUAGAAACAGGAUCACAGCUCUUCCUGUGCAUGCCUUCAGCAAACUCACCCAGCUGCAAGUCCUCCGGCUGUAUGAGAAUGAGCUGCAGGACCUCCCAGAGGGACUGCUAGACAGUCAGCUGGAGCUGCUGGAGCUCAGCCUCCAGAGGAACAGGCUCAGGGCACUGCCACCCAUGCUUCUGAGAAGCCUGCCUCACCUGGAGAAACUCCUCUUGGACAACAACCUCAUCAGGGUUCUCCCACCUCAGGGCUUUUUUGGUUUAAACAAACUGAAGUUGCUGACUCUGGGCUCAAACCAUAUUAUGGAGCUCCCCUGCUGCCUUUUUGACACCAUGCCACACUUGAGGGAGUUGGAUCUGGGCAGGAACAGUUUGGUCACACUUCCAGAGGGCAUCUUUGUCAACCUCACGUCCCUUGGCAAACUUAUCUUGUCCCACAACCAGCUAUCAGCCCUGCCAAGAGGGGUCUUCACUGGGCUCAGCAAGCUCUUGGACCUCCAGCUGGACACAAAUCAGCUCUCUGCUCUGGAUGAAGAGGUCUUUGCUUCUCUCCCAAAUCUGAAAACCCUCAACCUUCGAAAGAACCAGCUGGAGAGCAUUCCCCAAGGGCUCCUAGACCCCCUGAAGAAGCUCAGCUCAGUGUAUCUGAGUGGUAACCCAUGGAGAUGUGACUGCAACCUCUGCUACCUGCACCUCUGGAUCCUGGGCAACAGGGAGAAGGUCAAAUUGUCCACCCAAGUCUCCUGCAAGAGCCCACCCCACCUGGCAGGGCAAGAAGUAACACUGCUGAGGGACGAACACCUGAUUUGCCCAGGUACUCUGCCAUUUAACUCCACAGUGCCACAAAGAACGUCAACAUUCCUGUCACGCGGAGCCGUGUCCACAGCAGCACCAACCAUGCUGUCAUUGGCAUCCUCUCCCAUCAGGACACUGCCAACCACUCUUUCACCUGUGGCCACCUCUGCGGUGUUGCCAACCGUGCCAAUGGAGUCUGCCUUCACCACUCUGUCACCAACCAAGCCAUCUGAGGUCUUUGUCACCAUCCCACCACCAGCUGUGCUGCAGCAGGCCUUCAGCACCAGCCCAUCAACAACCAAUAAGCCCAAGACCUCCACCACCACCCCAUCAACAACCAGUGUGACAAAGUCCUUCAUCACCACCCCAUCACCAGCCACCAUGCCCAGGUCCUUCAUCACCACACCAUCACCAAAUGCCUUCAUCAGCACCUCAUCACCAGCUGUGCUACCAGAGGCCUCCACUGCCACACCGUCAUCCUCAGCUGAGAUGCCCAAGGCUUCCAUCACCACCCCAUCAUCAGCUGUUUCAACUUCAGCUAUCGUAAGGCUACAGUCUCCUGGGGCCACUCUCCCAGAACCUGUGCCCCCCACUCCAGCUUCUGCCACCACACAGGUGCCAACAAGCUCACUGUCAAGCACCACCAGACAGGAGCCUCCUGCUCUCUCAGUGCCCAGGGAGAGGCCAGCCACCAUCCCACAGGGAACACCCAUAACCCCCCUUGUCUCAGCUUCCUCCGUGGCUCUCUGGCCAUUCCCCAGGACUGCUGCUCUGGGCACAGUCCCGCUGGCCUCACAUUCACCAUCACACCAUGCUCCUGCACCAGGCAGAGAAUGGGGCUAUUCCACCACCUGUGACUUGUCCCCAGCUGGUGCCCAGCCCACUCCCACUGCUCCCCAACAGACUCCUGCCCGGGCAGGCACUGUCCUGCUCCCAACACCUCCCAUCCCCACACUAUCAGACAGCACGGGCCCCUCUCCAGCCUCCCCACCUCUGACCCCCAGCAGCCAUCGUGCCUGGGGCUUGUCCCUGUGGACCAGCCCAUGGCAGUGCCAGCUGUCCCUGGCCUUGGGGCUGGCCGUGCUGGCAUUGCAGGCUGCCUGCACACUGCUGGGGGGAGUGGUCGCCUUCCUUCUUCACCAGGACACCCGCCACCACCCCGGGCCACCUGUAAGGCUGCUGAGCCUUCAGGCUCUGGCUGCUCCGGGGACCCCUGAGCCAGCCCUGGCACCACCUUGAGCUUUGCUGCCCCUGUAUGACCUGGAUUGUGCCAGCUGUCCUCCUUCGGGGUUUGCAGCCGUGCUGGCCACGGGGCGCGCUGUCCCUGGGAUGGGGAUCCCGGCACCCAGGGCGAUCCCAGUGAGGGGGGUCCCAGCAGCUGGGCUGUUCUGAGAUGACUCCGGACGAUGCCGGGAGCCUGCAAGCCCAUGCCCGGUGUCCCUGCCUGACGGCCCUUCUGCCGAGGGACACUAGAUGGCAUCCCGACACAGGCAGUGGCUGCCACCGCCUGGCCGCGGCCACCGCAACCCCGGAGCCUCCGCACCCGCCGGCCGGGACCCCGAGGUCAGGAGCCCCGGAGGGUCAGGAGCCCCCACCCGGCUCUUCUCCCAUCCCUGGAAGGUGCUUGCAGUCCUUGGAGAAAGAUAUCACCAGGCUUCCUGCCCCGCACCCUGUCUUCUUCCCUGUGCCACGUUACAGGAUGUGUCUGUCUGUACCACUGUCACACACAGACCU